GUAUUUGAGAUUAUCUUUAAUGAAAAGCGGUAUCUGAAAUAAAUGUACAGUUGUUAAACAGAAAUAGAGUUUCAGGUCACACUUUAUUUGGUUAGUUCCAAAUAAAUGAUUUACAGACCGGCGUACUUUCAACCAACGAUCUGUUUAUAAGCAACUAUUUGCUAAGGUUAGGGUUCGUUUAGAAUUCGGGUAAGGGUUGCGUUUAGGGCUAUGGUUAGGAUAAGGGUAUGGCUUAGGGUUAGUGGAUAGCGGUAGUUAGUUGAAAUGUUGACAGUUAUUGAACAUCUACAAACCAUCUACUUGGGACUAUUUAAAUAAAGUGUUACCGAAUUCCAUUCUAAACCUUGCAUAAUGGCAUUCUACAGAUAUGGGACAUAAAGAAUCCCAUCUCUAUGCGACCGAGAGGGUCACAAUGCCGACGCUUCACAUGGAACUCCAGAACCCAAGAGAUAUGUCCAGAACUCUCAAAAUAUCUUCAGUUCUUGAUCGACAAAACAACGAGGGAUACAGCAUUAUGGCGAGCUUUUCAUUCAUUCUCCCUGAAGACGGACAUUGUUCUUAUAAGGACAACGACGUUAGCUCAGUGUGGAUCACAAUGGUGACCCAACUCAACACCCUUGAAGGUCCAGAGUCAGAGAGUCAGAACAUCCAUCAGAGCGUUGCAGAGGUACUUGGUGACAAGUACCACUACGCGAAUGCCAUUGACAGCUCUCUGCUCUGGACAGUUGGUUACGCCCCCUACAUUCCCCCAGCUCUGAAAGGAAGAAGCUUCCCCUCUGUCGAGAGCUUUUUCCUGGAUGAGUGGGAGCCACUGACACUCCUGCAGACUCCUCAGGUUCUGUCCACCAGUGUUUCCAUCGAGGAAGACAACCUGAUCCAGUCUGCUGCAGGCAUAGUGUCUCAGGUUCUGUCCACUAAUGUUGCCAUUGUGGAGAAUGACCUGAUCCAGUUUGCUGCAGGCGUAAUGUCUCAGGUUCUGUCCACCAGUGUUGCCAUUGUGGAGAAUGACCUGAUCCAGUCUGCUGCAGGUCUAGUGUCUCAGGUUCUGUCCACCAAUAUUGCCAUUGUGGAAAACGACCUGUUCCAGUCUGCUACAGGCCUAGUGUCUCAGGUUCUGUCCACUAAUGUUGCCAUUGUUUGAAAAUGACCUGUUCCAGUCUGCUACAAACCUAAUGUCUCAGGAUAAUGACUCCACCCCGAGAGCCUCCAACCGUCCUUGUGGCUUAUGUUUCAACCAAGAGAAGUAGUCUAACCAUCACUAUGUCUAUGGUUGCAACCAAGAGUUGCCUUGUUGCUUUACAUGAAGUUGAUGCCAGUGCUACAAGCCUGGAGCAAUCUGCUGAGAAAAUAUCUACCUCUACCACUGAUGUCAACGACAUCUCAACUGCUGCUGCCAAGAAGAAGAGGUGUGGAUUAUUCUCAUCUCCCUGGAGAGCUCUCAGGGGGAAGAACAAGAAGCCUGGAAGCUAAAGUGGCUUCCAAGAAAGAGGAUGAAGUCAACAAGGAUGUGAGCAGCCUCACCUGCCACCACAACACCACACAGGGAGAUCACUGAUGCAGGCACCCACAAUGGUGUUCCUGUUUUUUUUUUUUUUAUCACACUUUGUCUUCAUCCCCAAUCCCU